GAGCCCCCGGCCCGCGUCCCGCUCCCGCGCAGAGCGACAUUGCAGGGGUGGCGUUGCGGGCGGCCACCGGGCUGGGUGCUGGUGCGUGCGCGCUGCGGGAGGCCAGCCGGGGACCCCGAGCCGGGAGCCAGCAUCUACGCCAGAGCAGGAACCGGAGGAGCAGGAACCGGAGCGGGAGCCAGAGCGGCGGCUCCUUUUGGAGCCCGGUUGCAGCCGUCGCAGUGGACACCAUGGCCGUGGACGUGGCAGAGCGCCGCCUGAGCGUCAUCAAGAGCCCCCCUGACUGGGAGGUGGGUGUCUACGCUGCGGGGGCCCUGGCGCUGCUGGGAAUCGCAGCUGUGAGCCUGUGGAAGCUCUGGACCUCGGGGAGCUUCCCCAGCCCCUCCCCCUUCCCCAACUACGACUACAGGUACCUUCAGCAGAAAUACGGUGAGAGCUACGCAGAGGCCAAGCAGAAGAGGGUGCCUGCCUGGAAUGGCCAGCGGGGCAGCACUCGGGGACCACCCAGUCGCAAAGGCAGUUUCAGCAUGGAGGACACCUUUGAGAGCAUCAGCGAGCUGGGGCCCCUGGAGCUGAUGGGCCGUGAGCUGGACCUGGCCCCCUAUGGGACCCUCCGGAAGUCCCAGUCAGCCGAUUCCCUCAACUCCAUCUCCUCCGUGAGCAACAACUUUGGACAGGACUUCACGCUGGGCCAGGUGGAGGUGAGCAUGGACUACGACGCCACCUCCCACACCCUCCACGUGGCCGUGCUGCAGGGGAAGGACCUCCUGGAGCGGGAGGAAGCCAGCUUCGAGUCCUGCUUCAUGCGCGUCAGCCUGCUGCCGGACGAGCAGAUCGUGGGCAUUUCCCGGAUCCAGAAGACCGCCUACUCUAUCUUCUUCGAUGAGAAGUUCUCCAUCCCCCUGGACCCCGCAGCCCUGGAGGAGAAGAGCCUGCGGUUUUCUGUUUUCGGCAUUGAUGAGGACGAGCGGAAUGUCAGCACGGGGGUGGUGGAGCUGAAGCUUUCUGUACUUGACCUUCCACUGCAGCCCUUCAGUGGCUGGCUCUAUUUACAGGACCAGAACAAGGCUGCCGACGCUGUAGGGGAGAUCCUGCUCUCCCUCAGCUACCUCCCCACGGCCGAGCGCCUCACCGUGGUCGUGGUGAAGGCCAAGAAUCUGAUCUGGACCAACGACAAGAGCACCGCGGACCCCUACGUCAAGGUGUACCUGCUGCAGGAUGGGAGGAAGAUGAGCAAAAAGAAGACAGCCGUGAAGAGGGACGACCCCAACCCGGUGUUCAAUGAAGCCAUGAUCUUCUCAGUGCCAGCCAUUGUGCUCCAGGACCUGUCUCUCCGCGUGACAGUGGCUGAGAGCAGCAGCGAUGGCCGUGGGGACAACGUGGGCCAUGUCAUCAUCGGGCCAUCAGCUAGUGGCAUGGGCACCACACACUGGAACCAGAUGUUGGCCACACUGCGCAGGCCUGUGUCCAUGUGGCACCCUGUCCGACGAAACUAGGAGCCAGGACGAGGCCAGGGUGGGCACUGGAGCUGCCCGGAGCCUGGCUCAAGCUCAGGUGUGACACCCUUCUCUGUUGUCCAGCUGAAGCCAUGAACACCGGGGCCCCCAGUGGACUCCCCAUGAGCCGUCUCGGUCCCGCUACCUAGACUGCAGAGCAGGAGCGGGCCUGGCUGGCUGGCUAGGGAUCCAGGGUUUCUCCCACUGAGGAACGGCUGUAGCUGGGCACUGGCUCGUUGUUCUCCCAUUUUGAGAUCCCCAGUGGGUCUGCCCCUCAGCCUAGAGGGACCUUGGCCUCUCAGAGCUCCCCACACCCAACCCCAACUGGGAGGCCAGCGCCGAGCGGAGCCACAUGCUGGAACAGAGCAAGUCUUGGGAGCCGGGUGCCAUGCUGGGCACCAGCAGGUGUGACAUGAACAAGACACAGACCUACAGGACGCUGGGAAAGCAAGAUCACCUGUCCUGGUGAUCUACUUGGUGCUGAAUGGUGGCCCUGCCAGGCAGACUUGGGGA